AUGAGAGCGACUGGAGGACAGUUCGACUUCAACAAGCAAAACGGCAACCGAAAGGACCAAGGGUAAGAAAGUCAAACGAGAGAGAGAGAGAGAGAGAGAGAGAGAGAGAGCUCGGAACUUUCCAUCUGUCAAAAGUUCUCACGAGACAUGUCCAAACAAUUUCAGAUUCAGUCCGCGCACGUACUCUUUGUCGUCGUCGUCGGAUGCGAACCGCUCGCUUCCGCAGACAAUCUCGUCGGUGCGCCCGCUGACAAGCGAGAGUCACUUGCUCACACUGGGCUCCGACAAUCGUUCGAUCAGAAGCCAGCCGAACAUUGCGGCGGCGAUGGUGGAGCCGAACCUCGAGGAGCACUUCAAGGGAGUGCUCAACAAGAAGGAGGCCGCUGCACUCACCCGCCCCGACGACUUCAUCCUCUACUACCGUGUGGCGAAGAAGGACUCGAAGGGAUUCUCUCUGACGGUUCCACUCUUCAUUUGCGUGCGCACGAGCGACAAUCAGCCGCGCAACUUCCGUGUUCAGCAAGUGCUGCAGGAGAACAACAGCACCUGGUGGACUGUGAUUGUCGACAAACAGCCGACGCAGCUGUUCCGUCGUCUCUCCGAGAUGGUUCGCUGUUUCCACUCGUACCGCUACAUCCAUCCGGACACCGGACGCCCCGAAAUCUUGCCGCUUUGGCGUCUCGCCAACUCGAGCAACACUGGUAUUAGCAGCAGGCAAUAGACGAGGAUCACAAUCUUCUUAUUCAAUUUCCGUCAAUAAAUACCACUUCUUCGAUACUUCAAAUCCCCCGAAUCUCUUUCUUGUAUAAGAUUUCUUUGAAAUCUUCGAGGCCGUGCCAAAGCGGGGUAAUUCACGAAAACUGCGGAACCGUGAAACUUUUGCGUUUAUUGAAUAGAGGGGACUGAAAUUGAAUCGCAUCAAACAAAGUAAUAAAGUUUGGAAGUUCAGAAAAAAAAUUGGAAAUGAGAGUUAAAUUUUUUUUUUCACAAAUGACACUGAAAGUCAAGUUAGACUUUUUCAGCAUCAAAGAUAAUUGAAGCUAAAGCUCGUUCCAGGUAUUCUCAAUCGCGCCUGGUACAACCGCUUUUAAUUAGAUUGCAAUCGAGUUCCCAGAGAACUUUGCAGACUUGCCAGAUUUCGGGCCGGCCAUGCGGGCCGGUAAAGUGCCGGCCCGGGCCGGGCCGGGUCGGUGAAGUGCCGGCCCGGCCCGGCCCGGUCGGCCCGGUUUAAAAAGGCGGGAAUUCAAAUUUUUCGCGGAAAUUUUUUUCGUUAUUACAAACAAAUUUUUCGAACUAAAGUUUAAGUGUUUCUUCUUUGUUUUUUUGCUAUUAUGAAUUUUUUUAUGAGAAAUACAUUUGUUUUUUUCAAUGUUCCAUGCUUGCAAAAAACCCCUAAUUCUACAAAAAAUGGCUUCAUGCGAUCAAUAAUUCAAAUUUUGAAUUCCCGCUUUUUGAACCGGGCCGACCGGGCCGGGCCGGGCCGGAGUUUUGGAAAUUUCGGCCCGGCCCGGCCCGGCCCGGCCCGGCCCGUGGCAACUAUGGAACUUUGUUUAGAGAAUGAUAAAUUGCAUAAAUACAAAGCAAGCAUCUUGAGCGAUCGAACAGCAAAAAUUACAGAAAAACAACUGAAAUUCACGCAUUUUAGGCAAACAUUUUUUUCCGCGGUUUUCGUGAAUUCCCCCGUUUUGGCACGGCCUCAAAUCUUCCGUUCGGCGCGCGUGAAUUUCGCUUCGGACUACGGUCGGCAAUUGCGGACUCGGACGUACACCGCCACGCAAUUUUGCGUACUCCUACUUUUUCUAGAAGCUUUUCAACUGGAUCUUCACUCGAAUUCGCUCGUUUUUCAGUCGGAUUUCGAAUUUCACGGUCGAAAUUUUUUUUAAAGAUCAAAAACUUGCCAAACUUUCAAAAGAAUCAUGUCCUAACCGCGAAAACUUGAAUUGUAGGCCAAUUUCGAAAUUCUCCGCCUUGAUGAAUUUUAAAGUGGCUUCGAGAAGGUCUCCGAACAGCUGUCAUUGUCGGUUCUCGCCAUUUCUAUGUUAAUUUUGUUCGUUUUGUCACAAAAAGACGAAUAAAAAUGGUUUUUCUCGAACUGUUCCCAGUAAACUUCUCGUUUUUUCUCGAAACAGUUUUUUCUUCAAAUUGUUCAAUUUUUUUCAGUGUCAAUCUUCUCAGAACUUGGUUAAGAAGAGAUGGCGCAAUCUGCGCAAUUACUGUUCGAUGAGAGCGGUCAGCCGUUCAUCGUCAUGCGCGAACAGGAAAAUCAGAAGCGUAUGACCGGAGUGGAAGCCGUCAAGGUAAUAAAAAAUCAAUUUUUUCGGAGUUUUCUGAAUAAUUGCUGAGAAAAUCUCAUAUUUCUAAUAUUUCAGAGUCACAUUCUUGCGGCCCGCGCCGUCGCCAACACUCUGCGCACCUCGCUCGGCCCGCGCGGACUCGACAAGAUGCUCGUCUCGCCCGACGGAGACGUCACGAUCACCAACGACGGCGCGACGAUCAUGGAGAAGAUGGACGUGCAACACCACGUCGCCAAGCUCAUGGUCGAGCUCUCCAAGUCGCAAGACCACGAGAUUGGGGACGGAACGACCGGAGUCGUCGGUAAGUAGCCGGACGGUCGAUGGAUUUAGGUGUGGGCGAGGGAAACACUGUGAUUGACGAGUUUUGAUCAGAAUUUAGCUGUUUUUGGUGUUGAAUGAGCUAGCAGACCCACCGGCACAAUGUUUCGUGCGAGGCGCUCGUGCGCUUCUAGCACAUUUUUCAGCCCGGAAAGUUCGACAGUCGUGUAAAGAAAAGAAUAUAUCCGAAAAUGUCAGAAAAUACCUUCCUCGGCACAUUUGCCUUUGCUAGAUUGAUGGCUAGAGUUUCUGCGGAAACAUUUUUAUGCCCUUUUCCACCUGAAAGUCUGAUUAUCCUAAAAUUCACAUAGGAAAUGUGAAGAAAUCUGAAAACCCCGUGGAUUCUCACUCUUGAAAUAAAUAAUUUAUUUCUGGUCAACAUUGCCUAUUUUCUCGCGGUGCCAGUCUCUUUUUGGCCUUUUCGAUCGUAUUUGCCCUCCGAUUUUCCACUUUCGACCAAACAAGACCGCUGACUCAGUCUGAUUCAUUUCUUCUCGAAUCCGAGAUUUUUUUCUCAUGAUAGACGUUGAAAGAAUUAAAAGAGUGAUGCCGUUUUCAUUAGUGUGUGAGAUAUUUAUACCAUCGGAUAGAGCGUAAAGAGUUACAUAUGAGUCCAGUACAUCAUUUUUCCCAAAAAUCACUUAGGCCACAUUUGAGACCUCAACGUACUUCGCUUCGCUUUUUUUUUUGCUGUUCGCACUCAAACUUCUGUAUAAGUAGGCAUGGAUUUAUGAAGAAAACAGCUUUACAACGGCUCUUCAGUUGACCACAUUUCAAAAAAACACUGUUUUUGUGAUGCGGGUCACAGAAGUUUGAGUGCAAACAGCAAAAAAAGCGACGCGAAAAAUGGCAGCGCAAAGGUUAUCUUCCAUUUGUCAGUGAUCACGCAAUGUUGGAAAGUUAAUCAAUCGGUUGCCCGUAGCGUUUUUGGCGAUAUCUUUUAAAUCUAGGACUUUUGCCCGUUUUUUCGGAAUCCUCAUGGGAUUUACUCUCAAUUUUUGCGUCGGCAAACGAUAAACAAUGGGUGCGCAAUUCCUUUUCAAGAGAGAUUCCCCUACUCGUGUUUCUUUUUGCCUUUUGCAAAGGCGCAAAAACGGAGAAAAGUGUUUGUUUAGCUCCGAAUGUGUGUGUGACGUCGGCACCAUUGUCGUCCGUUUUUUUACGUCUCAAACUGUUCGAUUUUUUAAGAGCAUCUAAAAGAAUUGAUGGCAAAAUGUUGUUAGCUUCAACUGUUGGCUCAGCUGAAUCGGAGAUCGAUUUCCCGCAGCCCACGUAAUAUUCUUUUGGAUUUUUGUAAAACAGCAAUGUUUUGAAUGCUCAUGAUUUAUUCAACAACGCGGAUGUUUAUCACUCGUCGCGGGAGGAUCCGAUGAUGAUUCCGCCUCCGUUUCCACCGCAUCUUUUCGAGCCGCCCUUGACGUAUCCGAUGGCCGAGACCGAAGAGAUGGCGAGAAUGGCGAAGACGAAGAUCGAGUAGACGUUCAUAGUUGAGAAUGGAAGAAGUUUAGGCUUCUUGUGACGAUCCGGUCUUCUGGCAGCGCUUUUAUACUCUGAAAUCUGCAAUUUGAUGGCUCCGCGUUGAUCGGCACUAAAAUUUUCAUUGCAAAACUGUGCGCCUGAUCUUGCGCUUCUCCGUUUUUCAAUCGGACAACCGGUUAACCUGUUCGUUUUUACGAGCAGAUGUGUGUGGGUGGGUGUAUGGAAAGGAAAAACAACGAUAAUGGCGGAUACUCUGUACUUUUUUAUCAAGUUUUAUCGCCGUGUUUUGACAACAGUUGGAAGUUGAGCGUUUAAAUCGAUGACGACGGUGGAAGGAAUGAGCAGAAUCGUUCGAAAAAUUGGCAAAGAGUCUGCUGAUUGACGUCAUUCGAACCCGUAAUACUUUUGAAAAUGACCCGUCAGCUGAGUCACUCGAUUCAAAAUUUGUGAUAAUUCGUGAUAUAAAGGCAAAAAUCAUCUAAAGCGCUUAUCACUGAGUCGCCACGCCAGAUUGUGUGUUUCCCUGAUGGCUGGUCAAUGAUUUCCCACUCUCACGUUCGCAAGUUUUCUCAAUUCUCAAUUGCGCGGCGCUUUUCGAUCGUCUGAACUAAACACAAAAAGCGCGAGCUGUCUGUCCUUUUCGGACAAAAAAGGACUUUGCUCGACUGUGUUGCUCCGCGAGCACACACAAAGCGUGAGCUCAAACAGUUUGGAAGGUCUACGGUCUGUUCUUUGGCUCAACUAUCUCUCUCUCUCUCUCUCUCUCUCUCUCUCUCUCUCUCUCUCUCCGCUUUUCCUCCUCAUCAUUUUUUGACAUUGCUCAGAAAGUGAUUUUGUGGCUCUUUCCCGCUGCUCCUCCUCCUCUGACGUCGGCUCUCUGUUUCUGUUUGUAUGUGGUCGAGAAGGGGGAGAAGCACAGAGAGCUCGUUUUGUCCGAAGAGCAGGAACAUGAUAACAUAUCUUCUUCUUCGUCCCUUUCGUUUCUUGCUCGAAACUCGCCAAUGUUCACUUCAAACGCAAAAUUUUGAGAAAACGACGAAAUUUCUGUUUGCUGCAAAAACGCGCGCAAAUAUGGGUUGGUAUCGUUAAAUUCCAGUUUUUAUCAGUCGGUCGGUCCUUUCGUUGAUAACAGCGACGCGCACUUGCCAGCAUUUUUAAUCUUUUUUCAUAGUUUGUAUGUAUUUCGGCUGUAAAAUUGAAAUUUGGACUUGGAGAAAGCAUUUUUGGAAAACCUCCCAUAAUUUUCGAUGCCAUGCCCAUCUUUUUUCUUUCUUUUUCGCACGCAAUAAAUAAUUGAAUGGGCAGCAGCAUACGAAACUCACUUCCACUUUUUCUCUUUUUUUCCCGUUUAUGUGCUCGAGAACCGAAAGACGCUAAUUAGAUUGGUGUGCUCGUGCGGCUCUAACGCCUUCUGAGGUCUUCUGGCUCACAGACCAUUUUGAGAAGGGAGUGAGUGAUAGAGGCUUAGUUGGUCAGUUUUUCAUUCGCCUCGUGGAAUUUAUGAUUUGGCAGCGGCAGCUACGUGCGUGGAAUUAUUCAUGCACAGCUACUCUCGUGAUAUCGCUCAUCUCUCCCUUUCUCUCGACGACGGCUUUCAUGCGCCACAAAUGACCAAUCGGAUUGGAUUUCCGUGCAUUUCCGGCUUAUCUCUCCCUCUCCCUCUCGAGGCUCAAAAGUUAAUUUUUGAUAUAAAAUUUUCCAUCUAUCUCUUCCCGAUUCCACCUGCUACGUUGCGGUGGCCUUGUCGUGCCAGCAAAACGUGGCGGCAGAAUGUGAUUGUUGGCGAGUGCUAAAGACUCGGAGAGUGGCUGGAGAGUCCAAAAAUGCGAUUAUAUCGGUUUGGCGCCAGACUUAGGUUUUGUAGCGAGUUUCGUCUUGAUCUUACUUAUUUGGUCGAGUUAAUAGUAGCUUUUGGAUACCGCAAGAUCACUAAGAACCGGUGACCUUUCCACAACCUAAUGCUAUGUUUCGUGUUCUUUGAAAUAGGCGGUAAGCGAUUAGAAAUCUGAAAAUUAUAGUGGCGGGUCGGUGGUCACGAGUUGUUGUUGUUUCUUCUCCGUUUUCGCUUUCAUGUGCGCCCACAACCGUACGCCGUCUGAAUCUCUGUUCUGUAUGUACAUACAACCAGGUGACAAAUACAGAAUACCCCGAUUUUCGAUUCUGAACCGCCGUGCCAGGGGCUGUGUGCCUAAACGGUUGGAGAAGGGGCGAAAAGGUUGAUAGAGACUGGUUUUUGUCGCACAUGUUUUACUCGUGCUUCCCCCUUCACCCCCACCUUCAUCGGGCUGUAUUCAUCAUCAUCGUCGUCGUUAUUUUCCUCCUUCAUCGCCGCUUAAUCGGCGGUGAAUCGAUCGGAUUAACCUCGGCGAGAGAAGGAAAAAAUUGGUAAAAUACUUUUUUCCGGUUGAAAAAUUGAAACUUUUUUACAAAGUUUCCGGCCAGACAAGGUGUCUGGGGUAUUCAAUUUCCGUCGUUUCGUUUCGAGAAAGGUCACAUGUCCGCGCGCGCGCACCGGAAAAAAGUGCGGCGAUUAAAAGUCUCCGUGAGCGAAAUUCAUUAUAUAGGCUCCGGCUCACUCGAGCUCUCGAGCCGCUCAGCUCAUAGAAUGUCGCAUUUUGCGCCGACCCCCGUUUCCACUCCUAUUACUCCCUUUUUCCAUCGAUUCCACGAGGUCCAAACACACAAGCACAUAGAAAAAGAGAAAAAGAGAGAGUAGGCUAUCUUUUUUGCGCUACUACUUGUCUUCUUCUCUUUUUUUCUGCGUUGUGCCUUCCCGUUUCUUCUGCUUCUGCUCCUCGAGCUCUUGUCGAUGUUGCCGUUUGUGCUCUUCGACUCGCCUUCUCCUUCUCUUCUGGCACCGAUUUCGUCACACUCUGUACUCCAGCUGCUUUUCUGGAGCAACGAGGCCUUGUGUGCUCUUUUUUCUGCGAUAAAUGAGAACUCUGAUCCCUUUUCGGUGCCAGAAAGAUGAAGGAAAAGCGAGAACGAACUUUAGAAGAGAACAAUUUGAAAAAUUGAUAGUGGAAGAGCUGGAAAGAGACAAAAGCGUGUGUUUCGUGCCGACGACAAUAGAAUAGGCGAGAGGAAUUCAGGAGAAGCAAACUUCAGCCUCUUUCACAUUCUAGACCUGAACAUGCUGUCCCAUUUUAAUUAUUUUCGUCGAGUCGCGUCUCCCGGGAUUGAAUUGUCCCCGCGUGGAAACUGUAUAGUUUUGGAGCUGAAAACAAUAAACAGACUUCUGUCGCCUUCAUCUCUCCUCAUUUUAUUGCCCUCCUGCCUCUGCUAUGGUCGUUUUUUUUUCGGAAGCCCAUGUUGUAGAGCCGAGUCAUCAAAAAGUCAUUGACAAAAUGAGAAAACGGCGCAUAGAGAGGGGCUUUAUUCAUUUUCAUCUGCCGUCCACUAUUCUAUUGUCAUUUGAGAGCCGAAGCGGCGACGUCAUUACAUCAAAAGUUGGAAGAGAAUUUUUGGAGCGGAAGAACUGAUUUGGCACACAAUGGGAACCCUAAUAGUCGGUCCCUUUUUCGGGAAAGGUUCCCGCUCGUCCAUCUCAUUUUUUCCAUCCUUCUCCUAGUCAUUUGGUCGUGUCCCUCGUGACACUUUUUUCCAAUGCAUUUUCUAAAAGAAAUGAGGACAUGUUCCCCUUUUUCCUCUCUAUUUCUCCCCGGGCAAUUGUAUUUGACAAGGUUCUUUUGGUUUGCGUCUCGCGCGCGCGUCAGUGAGUUUGUAAGGAUCGGAACAAAAUUUUGUCAAUAGUUAAGGGCACCGGGAGCCCAAAGCUGUAAACAAUGCGAAUUUCGGGCGGGCGUGUGGAGAUGGGAAGCUUCUGAAUUAUUCCGACGAUGAAACGGAGACGCGUCGAGAUGGGAGCGGAGAAAAACGACGUCUUUUUUCACAUCUGCGGCUCAAAUGUUGCGAAUCCUGCGCGGCCGCCGAGACGACGUUUCUCAUGCAUUUUGCCCGCAGUGUCACUGAUGAUGAUGGAGGAAAGAAAGUGUGUCAACUCCUCGACUUCUUCCCCUUUUCGCCGUCUCCCCUCACUUUUUUUGCGCCGCCUCUUUUUCUAUGCUAACACACAUGCACAAAUUGCUCAUGGGUCCUUCCUGACAAGGUUUCCCGUCGUCUGACAACUUUUCGUUCUUGUCCACCCCCUCCUCUCCUUCUCUUUUUUCGCGAGUUUGUUGGUUAGACGCAGACCGUUUUGCGCAUUUUUCUUUUUUGUCUGCCAUUCCGGUAGUUUUGAAUGAACGUGUUGCGAAAUCUCGCAAGGUCUUGUUUCGGCAGACAUGAGAGGAGAGUUGUUUUUCAUUGGGUUUCUCCCCUCAAUUCUCUUAUCCUCGCUCUUCCUUCUCCCCAGACGGAUUUGUUUUCGAGGGAUGGGAAAACCACGAGACUAGCGGAUUUUCGAGCAAAAAUUCCUUGUACUCUCAAAAAUUGUGAUUAUCAUGCAAGUGUUUGCAUUUGAUAGCAUUUUUAGUUACCUUGACCGAUUGGAAGGACGCACGCAGGUGGAAAGAGGCACUUCCGCUGCCCCCGAAACUCGCCACCUCGACGCCGUUUUCCGUAUUUUGAAGGAAGUUCUCUCCGCCUUCUCCUCCCUCUCUAAUUCCGAAAAGUGAUAUCAUUUUUUCGUCCACCUGCACCACCCUAAAACGAUAUCAGUUCAGUUCGUUGAUAAUAGACGAUCGCGACGAAAAAUCACGUCAUUCGACGUUUCCUCCUCAUUUAAAAGAUCGAUAUAUUUCUUUUUUGCGAUUUGUGUAAUUCUUCGUGUCUCGCUGAUCGAAUUAGACUGAUUCUUAUUCGGCCGAGGAGGCGUUGAACGAAAGAGAAUGAUCGAUGGAUGGAUGCGUCGCUCGCGCUCCCGUUUUCCGCUUCCCAUCGUAAUCAUCGCAAUCACUGAUCAGAGUGACUAGAGACGUACGUGCGGACAGACAGACGCACGGAACGACUAGACGACCCAAUCGGCUGGUUGCGUCAUCCGGUCUGUACAAAUCGCCAGGAGAUCUCUGCGUCUUGCCCUUUUUUCCUCGUGUAUUACUUGAUAUAUCGGCCUCCUCCUUCUCCUCAGGUGGUGGUCGUUCGGAGUGCAAAAGUACCCCUGAGGAAAGACGGACCACGUAACAACACUAACAGAUGGAGAGAAGGUCUCUAUGUGCGUUGGCAAAAGUGAUUGUGCAACCAUCGACCCACCCGAUGGGGACUUGUCGGACGGGCCACAUCUCGCAUAGUAUUGUGUGUGUACUGACCUACGCAUACUAGACGUUAUUUAUCUUUUUUUGUCCGAUUUCUUCCGCUCAACUCUGCUUCGGAAGCUCCAAAUGGUGCCAAUUAAAUUGGCGAAUCGAAUCGAAUCUAGUCUGAUCCUCCUCUCACUGAACUCGGAAAUCGAAGCACUUUUCUCUUUUCCCUGCUGCUGCUCCUCGUCAAUUUUUGUGCAAACAAAAUCUCGACGGUUUUUUGUUCUGCUCAUCGUGUUGGCUCAAUCUGUUGGCCCGUCUCGGUCUCUCCGAAAAGCUUGUGAGCUGUUCUGCCACGUCAUUCGCCGCGUAACGGUUUGUUCUUCUUAAGAGAGCCGGGAGGGCAAGAGGAAGAAGAAGAAGAAGACAGAGUUUGUUGAUUGCUCUUAGCUCCGCCACCGCUUUCACGUCACUCAUUCCUCUGCGCUCGUCGCGUUUUUGUAUCGCAUUCGGAUUACCUAGAGAUAUCCUCUCACUUUUACCCAAAUCCCUUCAUUGUGCCACGUCACUGGCCCUCUCCAAAACUCUUCAAAACUGAAUAUACCCUGAAUAUACGUCAUUAUCCCCAGAAGUUUGCCCUUGUCGGUAUUCCCCCUCGUCGUGCCACGUGGUCAGCAGACCUCUUUCUGACAGCUGUUCCCCCUCACAUUGCAAUUUUUGCAGUUCUCGCCGGAGCGCUACUCGAAGAGGCCGAGAAACUCAUCGACCGCGGUAUCCACCCGAUCAAGAUCGCCGAUGGCUUCGAUUUGGCGUGCAAGAAGGCGUUGGAGACGUUGGACUCCGUCUCCGAUCGAUUCCCCGUCGAGAAUCGCGAGCGGCUAGUCGAGACGGCUCAGACGAGUCUUGGAAGCAAGAUGUAGGCGUUAGAAUGAGAGGAUUUCUCUGAAAAUAAUGUGCUUUUCAGCGUGAAUCGUUCGAUCCGUCAAUUCGCCGAAAUCGCCGUCGAUGCGGUGCUCUCGGUGGCGGAUAUUGAGUCGAAAGACGUCAAUUUCGAGAUGAUCAAGAUGGAGGGAAAAGUUGGAGGGCGUCUGGAGGACACGAUUCUCGUCAAGGGAAUCGUCAUCGACAAGACGAUGUCGCAUCCGCAAAUGCCGAAAACGAUCAAGAAUGCCAAGGUGAGUGAUAUUUUGGAAUAAUUUGUAGCCCUUAUCUCCUUUUAAUUGUGUCUUAUCCUAUUCUAAUCCACUUCCUCUCUUUUUUCAGGUCGCCAUCCUCACGUGCCCGUUCGAGCCACCAAAGCCAAAGACGAAGCAUAAGCUCGACAUCACCUCCACCGAGGACUUCAAGGCGCUCCGCGACUACGAGCGCGAGACGUUCGAGACGAUGAUCCGACAAGUCAAGGAGAGCGGCGCGACGUUGGCGAUCUGCCAGUGGGGAUUCGACGACGAGGCGAAUCACCUGUUGCAGGCCAACGACCUUCCGGCUGUGCGAUGGGUGGGCGGACCUGAAAUCGAGCUUUUGGCGAUCGCGACGAAUGCGCGCAUCGUGCCGCGGUUCUCGGAGCUCAGCGAGGCGAAGCUCGGUACCGCCGGACUCGUCCGCGAGAUCACGUUCGGAGCAGCCAAGGACCGCAUGCUGUCGAUCGAGGAGUGCCCCAACAACAAGGCCGUCACCGUCUUUGUGCGCGGAGGAAACAAGAUGGUAAUGAGCAUUCCCCAGGUGACAAAGAGUCUGUCUAUUUCAUCAUUUCAGAUCAUUGACGAGGCGAAACGUGCACUUCACGAUGCCCUUUGUGUCAUCCGCAAUCUGGUGCGCGACAAUCGCAUCGUGUACGGAGGAGGCUCCGCCGAGCUGGCCGCCGCCAUCCAGGUCGCCAAGGAGGCGGACCGCAUCGACGGCAUUGAGCAGUAUGCGUUCCGCGCAUUCGCCGACGCGCUCGAGUCGAUUCCGAUGGCUCUGGCCGAGAAUUCGGGAUUGUCGCCGAUCGAUGCUCUCUCCGAUUUGAAGGUAAACAUUCAGCCUCCAGAUUAUCUUCAAAUCACUUUGAAAAGCGUAUUCAUAUAAUCUGCUCUCUCGGUCUCUUCCAUUUCGACUAGAAUAAUCUUGUGAAGCGCGACGUGAUGAGCCCUCUUUUCAAACGACGAUUUUCCAGGCAAAACAAAUCGAGACGGGCAACUCUUUCCUGGGAAUCGACGCCGUCUUCGCCGGCACGAACGACAUGAAGGAGCAGAAGGUUAUCGAGACGCUGCUGAGCAAGCGGGAACAGAUCUCGCUGGCCACUCAGGUCGUCCGCAUGAUUCUGAAGAUUGACGACGUGCGUGUGCCGGACGACGAAAAGAUGGGAAUGGGCUAUUGAGCGAAGAAGGUUACGGUAGAUAAGAAUCUUUUCGCCCCCUUCUUCUUUUUCUCUCUUUUUCUUUUCCUAAAUACUCUGAAUUCUCCUUUUUCGAAAUCUCUCUUCUUGCUAUUAUCCUGUCUGGCUUUGCGUUUCUUUCUCCUCCCCUCUUUUGUAAUCGCUUUGAAUUCGCCACAGUUACCCCCGCAUCUGAAAAUUUUUUGAAAAUACGAUACUCUAUUGUCAUUUUGUUAUGAUAAAGUUUGUUGCUGCUUCUACACACCCCCUUUUUCUCCACUUAUCCUGUCACAUCCAUUCAGCGAUGUCCAGUGCUCAUUUCUAUGAUUUUGCCCUCUUUUUCCUCAUUCUUAUCUAAUAUUGCAUUGUAGACAUCCGAGAGAGCGGUGAGAUUUUUUUUUUUGGAAAACACGGAAGGCUUCUCUCCGGCCACGAUGACGAGAUCACGGCUACUCCACUGAAAUUUUGCUUUUCGAGGUUUGUGAUUUUUCAAUUGAAACUAUUAUAACAUUUUGAAAAAAAAAACUGCCUGUCCCAUUGAAAAACACUAGCAAAAACCGAAUGCAAUUCAAUGUCACUUGAAAUCCAUCAAUUUCCCAUUUCUCCUCGAAAUGCGACCUUUUUCCGCCUUUCUCUUCCCUUUUUGCGAGAAAAUUUCCAAUUUUUGUCGUCUCCGCUUCACCUCCUAAAUACAUUUCUCUUCUGAUUUUCUGCCUCGAUUAUAACACUUUUUCCCCGUUUUCUGCUCGUCGUACACUCUUCUUUUUAGUGUGUUUGAAAUGGAGUAGAAACGACAAAAAGUGUGUGUGUGUGUGUGUGUGUGGAAGUGGAAAUUCCGAAAAUUUUCGUUUUUCGUUUUCAGCCGGCCAGUCAUGUCAGUCGCCACAACGACGAGCAUGCAGACGGACUCGAAUAAAAAGGUGGGUCGUGCAUUUUUCGGCGAAAUUUAG